AUGAAAUCAAAAAUAAGCUCAAAUGGAAGCAAUGGCCUGUUUCAAAAGAUAAGUACUUUUCGGGACCCGAAAGCUAGUAUUGUUCCCGUGCUUGAUCAGUACAUCAGGGAGGGAAAUAAGGUCAAGGCAGCUGAUUUGCAGCGGUUUGUUCGGGAAUUACGGUCUCGAAAACGAUACUUACAUGCCCUCCAGCUUUCUGAGUGGGUGAACACCAACAAUUACUGCCGAGAUUCUUCUGGAAAUCAUGCCGUGCAGUUGGAUCUAAUUGGCGCGGUUCGGGGAAUUGAUGCGGCCGAAAACUACUUCAGCAACUUGACUGAUAAAGAAAAAGAUGAAAGGACAUAUGGUGCUCUACUUAAUUGUUAUACUCGAGAAGGCGUUGUUGACAAAUCUCUUUCGCUUAUGCAGACAAUGAAGGAGAUUGGUUUCGUAACUUCACCUCUUGCUUACAAUAAUCUCAUGUGUCUAUAUUCCCGCACUGAUCAACCUGAGAAAGUUCUGGAUCUUCUGUCAGAGAUGAAGAAAAAUGGCAUCCCUCCUAAUAACUUUAGCUACAGAAUCUGCAUUAAUACUUGCGGAGAUCAAUUGGAUUUCAACAGUAUGGAAAAGCUUUUGGAAGAAAUGGAGAGCCAACCACAGAUCACUAUGGACUGGAGCACGUAUUCUACAGCAGUCAAUCAUUACAUCAAUGGGGAUCAUAAGGAUAAAGCACUUGUUGUCUUGAAGAAACUGGAGAAGAUAAAUAAAGAUGCUAUCGGAUAUAGUCAUUUGAUCUCGCACUAUGCGAAGCUUGGAAGCAAGGAUCAGGUCAUGAGACUCUGGGGCCUUCAAAAAGUUAUUUGCAAGAAACAAGUUAACAGAGACUAUAUAACAAUGCUAGGUAUGUUGGUGAGACUUGGGGAGUUCGAGGAAUGCACAAAAGUGCUCAAGGAAUGGGAAUCAUCAUGCCGGACUUUUGAUUUUCGUGUUCCAAAUGUUCUCUUUAUAGGGUUAUGUUCAAAGGGAUUGACAGAGAAAGCUGAAACUCUGCUGAAGAACAUGAUUGGCACCGGCAAGACAACAAUCCCAAACUCUUGGGCUAUCAUUUCUUUUGGGUACUUGCAGAUGAUAAAUCUGGAGAAAGCUUUUGAGUGCAUGAAGGAAGCUCUGGCAGUAUCACAAGAGAGUCCAGGUUGGAAACCAAAACCCGUGUUGAUUUCAAGCUUAUUGCAGUGGCUUGGCGAGGAGGGCAAGAUCACAGAUGUUGAAGCUUUUGUCAGCUCUUUGAGGUCUGUUAUUCCUGUUAAUAGAGAAAUGUACCAUGCUCUGAUUAAGGCAAAUAUAAGAGGUGGUGAAGGAGUCGAUGAAAUUAUAGAAAGGAUGAAGUCUGAUAAAAUCGACGCUGAUGAAGAUACCAUGAGAAUUCUUAAUUCUCAAACAGACGGAAGUGAAUGACUUCUGCCAUUAAUUUUCUCGAUAUCGGCCACUAAAGUUGCCUCAGAAGUCAGAACCCCUGAUACUACAGAUCUGAGUCAUCUGAGUCAUCUGACCAUCUAUUUCCAAAUGUUCAUUAUACAGAACAGUUAUGCAUUUGAGUUUUGAAGGUUGGUCAAAUUUAGCAAGCUGACAUAGGAGAAUUUAACCUUGUGACUUGGAUUUGUUCUGUCCGGCUGAGGCUAGUAGCAUCUACAUUUUUUUUUUUUUUUUUAAAGCAUCAACUCUUUUAUUUACGUUUAUUUCAUAAAGAUUUCAUGGAUA